AUGAUUCCUUGGGUUUUCAUAUUCUUAGUGAGCAGCGCAUCCGGCUCAUUUUGCGGGAGAAGUGGAGUGCCCUUCAGCGUUGAAGUGCUGCCUUCAGGUGCUCCCGUGCUUGGAUGUGCGCAACCGUCAUGCCUCGCUCAACCCGCUGAUGAUGUUGAUGACAGUGUGUUUAAUACCGAUGCAUCCGGUCAAAUUGAUGGUUUCUUUCGUGAGGGAGACAACUCGCAUCAGGGUUAUCUUCAAACGAAUAAGCUAAGAGCGGUUCGUUUAUCGUUUACCAUGAGCGCUCGUCUUUCCCUACUUUGUCAUGUCCAAAUCAACUGA